AUGCUUGCCGCUUUUGGUCGGCGUGGUGGACGCUCAGGGACGAAAUUCAAAUCUUCUGAUUUGGUCCUAUUUUUGAUUGGAGACACUGGUAGCUGUUCGGACUGGCUUCUAUAUGGGGACCGGAGUCCUGAUCUUUCGGACCAUUCCGUCGACGAGGACUUCAUCAUAGGACUCGAGAUUGUGUUGAAUAUUGUGGAGGCCCUUUUGGAGCCCGGUUGGCUCGACAUUGGACUUGUUCUUGAUUUCUUGGACGCAGACAGUCUGCGCAGCGGCUCAAUCAGUUUUUCACCCAGGUCCUUGGGCACCAGUUUCUCUUCUUCGAUGUCGUCCUCGAAAUCAAUGAAGCACUCUGAGCUUUCGUUGAGUUUUGGCGUGGCAAAGCUGCUCACAGGCUGUCCGGUGGACGGUGUGCGGUGGUGUCCAGUUUUUGGAGUGGCUGGAACGGUUGCAGGGCCCUGGAACGUGGAUUUUGGCUUUGGAGUUUGA